UUUCAAUUGCAUUAAGCACAAAAAUCUUUACAAUACAGUCGCAAUACGGUAACGAAGGUAUGAGCUCUGCUGCUCAAUAAACUAAUAAGAAACUUCUACCAUGUCAUUCUUUUAGUUUUAGAAAGUUCCAACCUUAAGCAUUUCUCGUGAACACUAAAAUGUCAAUCCCAUCUCCCCAACCCGUCCCUUCUGAAACGACCUUUUUUCUCAUCAAUGCAAUAUGGUCCCAAACCCAAACAAACUCCACCCAUGGCACCCAAUGGAAAACAGUCUGGCUUGAUAGCUUCUUCUUCCAAUACUCACAUGUCCAACCUUAUAAGCUAAAACCUCCUCCAAUCACAUAAUAUUUAGUUGUUAGAAGUUGGCUUUUCUUACCACAUUUAUUACUUAUCAAACUUUUCUAAUCUUCACAUAAAUAUAUAUAUGUAUAUAUAUAUAAACUUCAUGAUCUUGCUAAUUUAGACAAGUAAUAAAACCCAAUCCCACAACAACAACAAAAAAAAAAAAAAAUUUAAAAAUGGGGAUUUUAUUCAUUUUAGUAAUUUUCUUUCCUACCCUUUAUUUCCUUUUCGAAUUCCUAAAAUGGGUUUAUAUAAAAAGACACCAAGAUUGCUACAUUCUUGGGUAUGAAUGCUUCAAACCCACUGAUGAUCGUAAAGUUAGCAUUGAAUUUUCUGGGGAAAUUUUGAUGAGAAAUCAGCAUCUGGGUCUUAAAGAAUUUCAGUUUCUUCUAAAAGCCGUAGUCGGAUCUGGAAUUGGGGAAGAUACGUACGCUCCAAGAAGUAUUCUCAUGGGUCGUGAAGAAAAUCCGACGCUUCAAGACGGUUUAGACGAAAUGGACGAGUUUUUCCGAGAUAAAUGCGUCGAAAAUCUGCUCGCUAAAUCCGACAUUUCUCCGCAAGAUAUCGACGUUUUAGUCGUGAAUGUGUCACUAUUUUCACCGUCCCCUUCAUUAGCGUCAAGAAUUGUGAAUCAUUAUAAGAUGAGGGAUGAUAUUAAGGUGUAUAACCUUAGUGGGAUGGGUUGUAGUGCUAGUAUGAUUUCUAUAAAUGUAGUUCAAAACAUUUUUAGAAAUGAAAAGCGUCGAUAUGCUUUAGUUGUGACAUCUGAAUCUUUAGCCCCAAAUUGGUAUACAGGUAAUGAUAAAUCCAUGAUUUUAACCAAUUCUUUGUUUAGAUCUGGUGGGUGUGCUGUUUUAUUGACUAAUAAAUGGUCUUUAAGGAAGAAGGCUAUGUUCAAACUCAAAUGUUUGGUAAGAACACAUCAUGGGGCUAAGGAUGAUUCAUAUGAAAGUGGUAUGCAAGUUGAGGAUUCUCUUGGUAGAUUAGGGUUUUACCUAAGUAAAAAUAUUCCUAAAGCCGCGACCCGAUGUUUGGUUGAUAAUCUUAAAGAAUUAGCUCCUAAGAUUUUACCGAUAAGGGAAUUAGCUCAGUUUGUGGUUGCUGUUAUGAUAAGGAGAUUUUAUAUAGGUGAAAAGAGUAAUAAAUCUAAACCGUUUAUUAAUUUUAAAACUGGAGUCGAUCAUUUUUGUUUACAUACUGGUGGUAAAGCUGUUAUUAAUGGUAUAGGUGAAAAUCUUAAGUUAGAUGAGUAUGAUCUUGAACCGGCAAGGAUGACCCUCCACCGGUUUGGGAACACGUCAGCUUGUAGUUUAUGGUAUGAAUUAGCCUAUAUGGAAGCUAAAAAGAGGCUUAAGAGAGGAGAUAGGGUUUUAAUGCUUGCUUUUGGGUCAGGAUUUAAGUGUAAUAGUUGUUUGUGGGAGGUGAUGAGGGACUUAAAUGGGGAUGAUGAUAAUGUAUGGGAGGAUUGUAUUCAAGAUUACCCUCCUACAACAUUGGUUAGUCCUUUCAUGGAAAAGUUUGGUUGGCUUCACAAUGAAGACCAAACUACCUUCAAGCUUCCUCAUGAUAAACAAGAUAGAAUUGAUUUUUACCAUCAACUAAUGAAUCGUUGAACAUCAAUUUCUCUGUUAUUUAGAGUUUUCCUUGUUAAAUAAAAAAAUUUCACAUAAAAUUAUUAAAUUUGGUAAAUUUAAAAAAACAUAGAAGUAUUAUGUGACUAUACAUUUUAUGUUUCAAGGUUAUCUUAUUGUAGCUAAUUACUUAUACAAUAUAUACUUUUUUAUAGUUUGUUCUACUUGAUUAAAAUUUGUAAGUGUUUUUAAAAUUAGUUGAAUGAAAUGGAUAAAAAAAAAAAUAAUAUAUAUAAACUUCAACUUGUGUUUUCAA